AUGAUCCAUGCCGGUUCGAAAGCACCAGGUCCAGAACAAGCUUUCGCCUGUCAGUUCGCACCAUCGCGCAUUGACACGAAGCCGCUGACUGGGAAUCGACAGCUGAUCCUCGGCGAGAGCGAGCUCAAGGAGGGCCUCGUGACCGUGAAGGAGCAGAAGUGGGAGCUCGUCGAUGGGAAGAAGGUCAAGAUCGAGUCGACGGAUAAGGGUGUGAAGGUGCGCCGAAACAAGCUUGUGCGCUGGCUCAAGGAUUCGCCGACGUACGCCGACUGGCGAGUGGGAAGUGGGUGCAGAACUAGGCUUGCAGUAUUGCAGCUGGCGAAGGCAAGCGGUGAUAUCAUCAAGCAACUUCAACCAGACAGCCUGAUUGUCGGCCUUGAGCUUGGGCCCCAAGCGGAUGUGGCGAAGAACCAGAUUACAGCUAGACAACGUACUGUAGACAUCACGUAA